AUGGAGCCGCUUACAACCCCCGAUCCGGACCAGUUUUCUAAGGUGUUGGGGCUAAACUUCAUUGGCUCAAUCCCGACGGGAAAGAUCUGGUUGUUUGUGGAAGAAGGAUCUACUUUUGAUAUUGAGUGUGACUCGGAACAACUCCUUCAUGGACGACUCUUGUCCCAUCGGUUCGCUAGCCACCUAGCCAUUUCGGCCAUCUAUGCCAAAUGCACAAGGGCCGAGAGAUACCCUUUGUGGGACACGAUGAGAGAGCUUGCCGGAUCCCUUGAUGGAACACCAUGGAUUAUCGGAGGCGACUUUAAUACCAUCUUAUCACACCGGGAUAGAAUCAGAAGCGACACCAACCGGCAAACUGAGAUGGUUGAUUUUGCGGAAACAAUUGACGUCUGCAGGCUCCUUGACCCGGGCUUUGAUGGGGCGGAAUUCACGUGGGCCAAAAAUGGAAUUUUUGAAAGAUUGGAUAGAGUUCUUGUUAGAGAGGCUUGGACUAGGAUCUUCAAAGCUACUCGGGUUACCAACCUCCCACGGAUCACCUCGGACCACGGGCCAAUCCUAGUACGAUGCAAGACACCAAACAACACCAAUGGAGGCAAGGCUUUCAGAGUCAAAAGAGAUCUAAAGAGGUGGAACAAGGAGGCCUUCGGAAAUAUCCACGCCAACCUAAAGGCCAAGAAGGAAGACAUCGCCACGGCACAAGCCAAUUUCGAGGCAAGGCCAACGCUCGAGAAUAGGGUGGCGAUCAACAAACACAUUGCCAAGCAUAUCCUACUUUUAAGAAUGGAAGAGGACUUUUGGCGGCAAAAGGAUAACGGACAAGAGAUUACCGAUGAAGCGGAUAUUGCAAAGUCAGCAGUGGAUUUCUUUCAACAACUUCUUGCACCCCCCAUUGUGGUCCUUGAAGAGCCGGACCUUAGUUUAAUUGAGCAAGUCUACUCACUCGAGCAAGCUGCGGACAUUGCUAAGGUGCCGGAUGCGGAUGAAGUCAAUGAUGCCGCUUUUAGUAUCUCCGGAGAUAGUGCGCCCGGACCUGAUGGCUUCUCGGCUAGCUUCUACCAAGCCUGUUGGGGCAUCGUGGGGCCAGAAGUUGUGGAAGCGAUUGGACAAUUUUUCCGAGGGGCAUUCUUACCCUGA